AUGCCAUCCCUGCCUGGAUUCUCCGAUAACCCGUUCCAGACCCGGCCCGACCUCAUACGAGCCUCUCUUGCACUCCUUCGGCCGCUUUUACCCCACUUCUCGCCGGCCAAGGGCAGGAUCCGCAUUCCCGUGUCUUCGGCUGCACACUUUGACGAAACCGCGGCUCAGCUUGAAGGCUUUGCACGGCCACUAUGGGCCGUCGGUGUGUUGCUACUCGGGUAUGAAUCGACAACUGACCCAGAACUGCUCAAGUCUAUCGACGACGUAGUUCAGCCAUGGAUAGACGGCUUCGUUUCCGGAACCGAUCCAGAGCAUCCGGGCUACUGGGGGGAGAUCAACGACAGAGACCAACGCAUGGUAGAAGCCGAGAUCAUAGCAUUCGCGAUGCUUGCCGCUCCCGACCGGAUCUACAAGCCAUUGAACAAAAAGUCUAAAGAGAACGUCACCAACUGA